CCGUGUUUUUUGUGGGUGUUUUACAUCAUCCAUGGCACGAAAAUAUGUUAUUUCUCAGUUUAUUUGGUAAAUUAGACAAACCAUUCAUCAACAUACACUUUCAUUCUCUACUCAUCAAUAUAAACCAACAAUUAACAGUACUUCUUUCUUAAUACAACAUUCAGAUUACAACUACGAUGUCUUCGUCCUUCGCAAACCCUAGGGAUGCUUCUCCGUCAGAUCAUCUGAUCCAUACCAUCUUCACCGUCCCAGCUAGCUUGUUAAUCAUCUUGAUAUCGUGUGCGGGUUCGAUCUCUUCAUCUAUGAACCCGUACAAGACAACCCUUUCCGCGGUUAAGGCUUCUAUGGCAAUCGGUUGCAUAGGUGCGUUGUUUGCGAUGUUCAUGCGCCGCCAGGCGUACCCAGGUGUAGCUCGAUAUAUUGAGUAUGUCAGCGGAUUAGCUUACGCGAUCGGAUUCUUGGGUAUCGCAAGCAUAUUCCUCCCUGCAACGAUGAUCGGUUGGGUUUUGUUGCCUGCCGCUGGUCUGAUCUUGAUGGCGUUCAAGAUGAGAUUGGUGAUGGACAUCCGUGGUUCGGCAUGAUAUGGUCAUUGAAGAUAAAAGUUUAUGGUCAUUCGGCGUGUUGUUCUUGUUGGACAUUCAGAUAUGUUUUGAAGUUGUUAUAUUUUGGGUUGGUUACAUUUUGGAAUUGUUACGUUUGCGAUGGUUGGCUAUUUCAAGAUAUUUUGGAAUCGUUAUGUUUUGGAUUGUUUGAUAUUUGAAUACAUUUACAAAUGUUUGAUAUUUGGAUGCAUUUGGGAUUAUGUCUCAUUUAGGUUGGAUAGUAUGUUAUAUAUUGAUUUGUUUGU